CCUUUAUGUUUAUGUUACGUUUUAUUUUGAAGGUGAUUUCCGGUUCUCGCUCGCGGUGCGCGCUCGUUGACGCUCGUGCGGGUUCUGACCAGUCAAGCGGCUCGUGUCGUCCCGCCUGUCAACAACAGUGCAACCUGAGCCGGGACGGGCAGCCGCGGGCUAGCCGAGUGAAACCAGCUAAGUUAGCUGCUGUGCUAGCCGCUGCGUUAACUAGCUGUCACGGCUCGUUAUCAGUCCGCUCGGUCGGAUCGAUUUAUCGUGUUUGAAGUUGUUUCGACGAGAGAAGAAGAAGCUGGAGCGACUUUCCCGUUUGGAGGCGUGAGAACAUCACAGUGAAGACGUGUUUCCUCUGGAGCAGCUCUGCUGUGAUUUGAUGGGCUUGUGUGCCGUGUUGACACAGUGUGUGUGUUCCUCUCAGACUCCUUCACCUCCUUCCCUCCGUGUGAUAUGACAUCGCUGCUUGGUUACAACAGAAGCCAGAGCUCCAGGGCAGACGGUUGACGUCCGGUCAGGUGCUGUGUUAGAGGAUGGCUGCGGAGGUGGAAGUUCAGACUGGGGAGGUAGGGAGGCCAGUGGUGGGAGGACGACUUCACCUGAGCCCCCUGACGGACGCCAGCAACAGCCUCGUUGAGAUCCCUUCCAUCGCCCAAUCCCAUAUCAUCACUCCAGAGCCCAACAAACCUGCCCCAGGCCCCAAACCACGGCUCACUCCAAAACCUUUCGCUGUGGAGAGAAACGCUACUAUUAAGCCCAUAGUUGCCCCGAAGCCCCAACCGAAACCUCGACCACAGUCCACUUGCCCUGCCGGAUUCAAACCAGAGCCUCCUUGCAGCCCAAAACCACAGCAGCCAGCUGCUACUGUCAAACCCAGGACGGUUUCAUCCAACCCCAACCGACCUGCCUCUACCUCCUUUAAAACAUCCAAUAAGUUGACCAGUGGACAAACAACCAAGCCGGUAGCCCAACCAUUCAAAGCAGCACCUUCUCUUAACCUUGGAGACCCCGGUAGACCCAGCCCUACUUCUCCAACCGAGAGGCAGAAACCUGCUCCAUCAGGCUUGGCCUAUUCUAAGAGCCUCAGACAGCUCCCAGCAGCAGAAUGGUCAGGGACCACUAAAAGGGAAGACGAGAAGGAACAGCUGGCAUCUAGCAAAAGUGGGCCCUCCAUCACCAGAGCCAAGUCCAUGGGUUUCCUCGCUCAGGUCGGGCAGGAGGAAGAACAAAAGGAAAAGGCUAAACCAGAGGCAGCAGUGCCACUGCGUCCGCGUCCCAGAGGCUCCAGGCCCAGACCUGUAUCCGCCAUUUUCCUCGACAGUCCAGCCAAGAUGGAGACACCGGUUCCUGCCCCUCGCUGGACCGCUCGACGACCACUUUCAGCUGAUCUCACUUCUAAAUUUGAGUCUAUUGGUCUCUCCCUGCACCGUAAAAAUGAAAAGGCAGAUACUAAGGAGAACACUCCAGAGGACAAGGCCCUACCGCAGAAGAAAGAGCCAGAGAAAACCACAUCACAGAGUACUGAAGGUUUAGGUAAGCCUGCUGUCUCAGACCAAAGCAACAAAAAGACAGAAGAAGUGAUGGAGAAAGAGACGGAAGAGGACAGGCGUGCAGGCAGCAUUAAGUCGAGGAUCAGUCUCCUCCUCGACUCCUCCUCUCCUGCGUCCGAUAUUCAGUCUCCAGGGCAGCCAGUCCCUGAAAAUGAACCAGCAGUGGGUGUUAAACAGCGUAUCAAGCAGCUGACGGAGGACACGACACCGACUCAGAGCCCUGUUGUGAAACCACCUCUGAAGCCCCGCCCACUGCCCCUCGACCUGACUAAGAGGUUUUCAUCCGAGAGGUCACCUGACCUUGGCAGUGUUUCCCUCAGUGAGGCAACAGACCGCCAUGACAUCAGCAAAGAUCCUCAGAGGAGGAUUGAAGAGUCAGCUUUCAGCCCGAGUCACCAGAGGACAUUUGUGGAUUUCAAAGAUUCCCAAGAGAAAAUCAAAAAGGCUUCCACGCCUGAAGGGCCUGAGGUGGGACAGACAUUUGGCGCCUCUUCCAAGGAAACAGGCGACAUACAGACAGUGAGAGCAUCCCUGUUUGAAAAUGUUGUGGAGAGGCGCAGUGUGCUGAUGGUCGACGAGAGCAAAGCUGGAAAUAAGGUCAAGCAUCCCCUCAGCAGCCCGUCAUUUAAGAGGGGAAGCAGUGAGGAUGAGGGAACUCUGGUCACUGCCACCUACAAAGAGCCCAUGUCUCCGUCAAGUCCUCUGCGGGUGGUGCAUGCCUUUGACACUGUGCAGGCAGUGGAAGAAAACAGGGCGGUGAGUGAGAACGUCCCAUCAGCUCAGUGGGAGGAUAAGGCCAUGACGCUGCGCACCAGGCGCUCAGAGGGGAGCCGGUCGAUACCAGAGAGGACCGUUGAGCCAGCUUCAGCUGUGACACCAGAACAGCAGCCACGAUAUCUGAGAGUCGGAGCCUUGCAGAAGUGGACCGCUGCAGGGCUCGAACAAGAGGCCAGUGUGGAUAAAGGCAUGCUAAAGGAAGCAGGAAGGGACAUGGCUUUGGACAAAGACAGACAGAGAGAGGCAGAACAGGAGGAAAUGGCUGCAGCACCCAAACGUUUAAAGAUGCUCCAGGGAGAAGAACAGGCAAAGCCCAGGGCAACCUACUUUGCUUUAACUGGACAAAUGCAAGAGCCGCCUUCUCCUGUCGAUGGAGGAGCAAGCAUAGGGGACUUUAUACCAGGCAGUUCUCAAGGGAAGGUUCUUCCAGUAAGAAGGAAUACAUCAUUAGAGGGAAAAUCUUCUCAAGAUCUGGUUGAGGAGUUGAUGAAGAAGAGCCACAUGUCACACGAGGAGAUCAGAUCACAGGGACCGAUGAAUGAGGAGAUGAUGGAGGUGGAAAAGAAAAGGGUACUGAAGAAAGAGAAGGCUAAACUGAAGGAGCUUGAGAAGGAAAAACAGAGGCAGCUUGAAAUGGAGAGAGAAGAUUUAGAGUUUGAACGACUGAAGGAGAGGGAGAUGCAACGGGAAUUUGAAAGGCAAAGACAGAAAGCCUUCGAGAAGGAGAAACAGGAGUUUGAGGAGAAACAACGAGCCCUGGAACGGCAGAAACAGAUAGAACUUGAAAAACAGAAACUGCAAGAAUUAGAGAGGGAGAAGCUGGAAAGAGAAAGGCAGCAGCGGCAACUUGAGAAAGAGAAACGACGAGAACUGGAGAGACAGAGAAAGAUUGAAAAAGAGAAACAGCGAGAGCAGGAAAGGGAGAGACAGCGUGAACAGGAGAGGCAAAGACAAAGGGAGGAAGAGAGGCAGAGAGAGCUGGACAAGGAGAGACAGCUGCUGGAAAUCCAGAAGGAAAAACAGAGAAUGGCAGAACUAGAGAGAAUGAAAGAGCUGGAGAGACAACAGCUCCAAGAGUUUCAAAAACAGAAGCAGAAAGAGAAGGAGAGGCAGCAGAUCCUGGAGCUCGAGAAGCAGAGACUCAGAGAGAAGAAGGAGAGAGAGGAGGCAGAUAAGAUGAGACAGAUAGCGCUAGAACAGGAGAUGUUAAGAAUCAAAGAGCUGGAGAAAGAAAGGGAAAGACAACGUGAGAUGGAGAAAGAGCGCCAGAAAGAGAUUGAGAGGGAAAGACAAAAAGAGCUGGAGAGACAGAGACAGCUAGAUCUCGAGAAACAGGAAUUGGAAAACCAGCGACUUAGACAACGGGAGCUGGAAAAGGAAAAGCAGAGGAAAGAGGAGAUUGAGAGAGUGAAAGAGAUGGAGAGACUACAGCUUCUGGAGUUUGAGAAACAAAAGCAGGCAGAGAGAGAAAGACAACAAGUCCUGGAGAUGGAGAAAGAGCGCCAGAAAGAGAUUGAGAGGGAAAGACAAAAAGAGCUGGAGAGACAGAGACAGCUAGAUCUCGAGAAACAGGAAUUAGAAAACCAGAGGCUGAGACAACGAGAGCUGGAGAAGGAGAAGCAGAAGAAAGAGGAGAUUGAGAGAGUGAAAGAGAUGGAGAGACGACAGCUCCUGGAGUUUGAGAAACAAAAGCAGGCAGAGAGAGAAAGACAACAAGUCCUGGAGAUGGAGAAACGACGACUGAAGCAGAAGAUGGAGAGGGAGGAGGCUGAGAGAAUGAGACAGAUCGCCAAACAGCAAGAAGCAGAGAGGCAGCGACUGAAGGAGAAGCAGAAGAAAGAGGAGCAGGAGAGGGCGAGGCUGGAGUCGACACCUCUCAGGCCUAAAGGAGUCGACGUGGACUCUGUGCUCCGAAGUGACCCGUUUCCCAAAGCUGCUCCUCAGCGCAGUGACCUUUCAACACGAUGGAAAGAGCCGUCUCUGAGAGUAGAAGAGCCCUACAAACCUGCCAUCCUCGACCUCGACUUUUUCACAUCGCAGGCUCCGCUCUCCCCCAGCAAAGACUUGUUUCCUGUUCCUGGUGUUCAGAGUGUAGACACUGGGUUAUUACAGCCUGAGAGAGAUAUCAGCUGGAAGGUACCAACACAGACGUCAGUAGGUUUUACAAGCCCAGUAUGGACGACGUCUCCUCAGGACCCGUGGGAGCUGCGGCCUGUUGAGAUGUCCGUGGACCAGCCGGUGGCUGAACCCAGAAAACAGUCCGUCAAACUGAGCCCAGAGCAGGUCCUCCUCAGGCAGGAGGAGCGGGUUGUGGCUCCACAGAGGCCUCGGUCUGCUGGGUUCGAUGAGAUGCUACACUUGGUCCCUUUUCCCGGGAUAGAUUCUGAAGAGUCUGCAGGUGGAGAGCAGAUAUGGCUCCCCAGAGAGCCUCAUCCUCCAGACAGCAGGGCUGAGGUCCAGAGCCACAGGAGGUCACAGGGGUCUCAGGAGCUGAACAGGAUGCGGUCUCGCAGCGUGUCGCGGCGAUCAGCCCCGUCAGCCAGCGCCGUGGAGGUAAGCCUGUCCAGGAUGAGGAGUCGCAGCGCCCACAGAGAGCAGGACCGCCACAGCUGGGUGCAGCAGAAGCAAAGUCCGAGUGGAGACGAGGAGGGGAAGGACUCACCGGUCCGCGACACUGACAGUCAGUACGGAACCUGGGAGACGGGCCUGCGCACUGAUGACAGUCUCACUCCGGCCACUCCCAGUUCAGAGAUCAAUCUGAGCCCGUCACCGAGGAAGCCCACCCCCCCACACACACCAGGUGAUGCUGCCUCCCAGGUGGACGCCGUGGACAGCCUCCUGCCGUUGUCUUCGUCAGAGAGCCAGCUGCCAUCUUUCCCCGAUGCUCCGGUGGUUCUGCUGGACACCAGCGCUCUUCGCUCCAGAGCUCAGCUGGGGAAGAAACGAGCGCCACGGACGCGUCCGACCAGAGCCGCCCGUCAGAGCGGCGUGCUGACGGAGGAGGGAACCUCCGAGGACUGGCUGUACAGAGACUCCACCGAGGCGAAGCCAGAGAGCAAAGACAGCGACUCCGACGCCGAGGAGACGACCAGAGGAGCUGACGGAGGCUCUGCUGUCGCCUCUCAGCCACAGAGGAUCGCUCUGUUCCCCGGGAUGGACCCUUCAGCUUUAAAGGCUCAGCUGAAGAAGAGAGGCGAAUCUGACAAUCAAACCGACGGACCUUCUUCUUCUCCCUCUCAGCUGUCUCGCUCUCCCAAGUCGCCCUUCCUCCCCAGAGCGGCGCGCGUACUGCCCCCACCUGGUGGGAAGGAAAACGGAGAGGAAAACUCACCCCAGUGGCUGAAAGAGCUGAAGUCCAAGAAGCGCUUGAGUCAGUAUGACAACGACAGCUAAAGUCAGUAAUGAGGUUGCCUUACCAGAUGAAUCUUUAUGAAACAGAAGCCUUAACGUUCGACCCAGAGAGAAGGAGAAGCGGAAUCGACAGCUGCUGAUGUAUUUUUUCUACUUUUGUUUAGUCUUGUUCGUCCUUCGCUCUCGUCCCGUCUGGGUUGAUAAAUGUGCAUGGUGCCUUUUUUUUUUUUUUUCAUGGAGAGAUAAGAAAACAUCCGGCUGCUCUGCUUUUGUCAUUUCAUCACGCUUGAACUCGAGGAAAAGGUGAUUUUUUUUUUUUUUUACUUCCUAUCAUGAACUUGUGGGACCAUGACGCCUCUUGGUCACGCGCUGGAGGACGAUCCGGCCAAUCGUCUGCCAGAUGUUUGUGUUUAGUUUCCUGCGUCGGACACGUUCCUGCUGUCAGUCGCUGUCGGCAGACGACACACAAGCAUCGCCGCAGGAUCACAUUUCAGACUCUGAUGAACGUAGAGAACAAAUCACUGCUGACCUGAUCGUCUGUAAAUCAUGUUAGAAAUCAGAAGAUGUUAUAUUUGUAUAAUCAAUUAUGUAACAAAGACGGAGAGCUAGUUCUGGAAGCAUUUAAGGGUCAGUUCACCCAAAAAUGAACACUCAGUCAUCAUCUACUCACCCUCAUGCCGAUGGAGGGUCAGGUGAACUUUCAGAACAGCCUGAAGUAGCUGGGAACUUUUUAAAAGGUAAAAAAUAAAAAGGAAGUUGUCUCCAUACAGCUCGUCUGCUGUCACCCAAGUCUCCAGAAGCCCCGAGAUCACAAACUGAUUUGUAAAGACGUUAUUUACUGAGCUAAAACAUAAAGACAAGCUCAAACACUUGAUGCAUUUUUGGACGGAAAUCCUCUGGACUGCUGUGAGCGAUUGAACAGAGACGAAGACGAUCAGCCACAGCUGUAGUCGUCGGUAGAAAGUCAUCGAUGCGUCCCGUGAGAAAGACCGCAAGCGCUUGAGCAAACCAUCUUUUCAUAAAUCAGCACUAUUGAAAGAUGCUGCAACAGUUAAAUAAUAGAUAAAAGAGAGAGUUUCGACAUGAAUACGUCUCGUUUCUGUCUGCUCUCUGCUGAGAGUUUCACGUAAUGGUGUUUGGUUUUAUGUCUUUGACUUGAGUGUGUGUCUUUUAAACUGAGCGUUGACUAAAUGAUGUUUGAGCUGCUUGAACAGAGACACAUUUAAAAGUAUUAACAAGCCAGCAGCCUUUAUUUCAACACACGUCACAUCAUACCCACCUGAGAAGUGGAGAAAUCGAGUGUGUUUAGGCUCAUUUUUAAGCCAUGUUAGUGUUUUUUUUGUUCAGUGUGAAAACGGUUUUCUGGGAUCAAGUAACCACUCAGAUUUGGGGUGUCCAAGCUCGGGGUGCAUUUAUCUUAGCCGCUACAGGGAAGAUAAUAAAUGGGUCUAAAUAUCGUCUCCUCGGGGCUUCAGGACACCAAGAUGACAACAGACGAGCUGUUUGGAUGUUUCUUCUGUCGUCCCCAGCUUCUUCAGAUGUUUAGGGGAACGCUGUUUUGCUGUCAAGCUCCAGAAAUGUUCACCAUCAUGUCUGACUUUUCAUGUUUUGUGGUGAAAUGCUCCUUUUGAGGCGCAUCACUACAUCACUACACUCCACAGUGUCACAUCGCUGCGUACUGUUGAUGUUUUUGUCUCUGUCGGGGAGGGACGGGGGAGCUGUCGUGUCAAUCAUGAACUCUCAGCACAAACUCACACUUUGGUCUCGAUGAAAUCUCUUUAACAGGUUGAAUGAGUGUUAAUAUCCAUUUUAAGCCAUAGCUCCACACACACACACACACACACACACACACACUCCUCCAUCAUGUUUUCUAUAGGAUGUGUAAUCCCUCCCUCUGUCUUGUCCGCGUUAACGUGCAUGCACAAUCUUUGCUGUCAGAGCGUCGGGGUGUCGGCUCAGAAGUAGAUGGAUGUUUGUCUGUUUUUUUUACUCUAAAACCUUUUGAACAUUUGCACCUGACCUCCACCCAUCCACUCCACCCACUCUGCGCUCCUAUAAAGCACUUUGUCCCACGAUGCACUACAGCACCGACCUCCGCUCUCGUCUCCUGGACCGUCGGAGUGCUCACGCAAUGCAAGUGAAUGUGUCGGCCGAGUCUCGGGAGUGAUCGUCCCCGUUUUCUGUGUACGUGACAUUUUGACUUUGUCAUGAAAAUUUGAGGGUUUAUUUUUUAUGUCCUUCUUUGUCCUUUUUUUUAAAUUUGAAAGUACAGAUGUAUAUUACACUGUGUUGUACGGCCAGUGUCCUAAAGUGAAAACAUUCUUAAUAAAACUUACUUGACUUGA